ACCAUGGGUGAAAAUCGUUGAAGCGAUUGAAAUAAAGCUUAAAUCGAGUGAAGAAUCAUUUUAAGUUAUCGGUUUGUAGUUAUCUGGAUAAGAUUGAAAAGUAAAACUAAUAGAAUAGUUUUUAAUCUCAUCUUACAAUCUGAUCUUCAUUGGUCAACCGAAUAUUAUAUUUAUUAUUAUUAUCAGUUCUUUGUAAUAAUACAGCAAGUAAGAACAGAAAAAAAGUUCUGAAAACUUAGAAAUCCCAAAUUAUCGAGCAUAUGAAACUUUACUACGUCUAAAUCAACUACAUCAACCAAAAGGAUUAACACCAACAUCAACUACCUGUUAUGUAAAAGUGAUUACAAUCAAUUGAAAUUAACACUAAUCUUAUUGUCCAAAACAGUUUAAAUUCAGUUUUUCAUAUUCAAAUAUAUUUAUUUAUUUAACUAAUUGUGCUUAAAUUGUAACACUAUUCAGUGGAUGUGUAGUCAAUUGUUCAAUCAACUAUCGAUUCCUAUGAAUGAAAAGUUGUUGAUUCUGUUAACUUGUUGAUCAAAUUUAUCUUAACACUCAUCUGAUCGUUUAAUUAUUGAUCAUAAAUCUAAUUAUUUAUUUAGAUUUGUGCGGUUCUACUUUCGUUUUUUUGGUGAUAUUAAAAUUCAUUCAUUAAAUUAUUCCAAGAUAAAUUUAAAUCUAAUUGAUUAAGAAAAAUGGUUAAAUCAACUGAAUCUUUCUCAUGCAGCUAUAUGAAAAUGAGCACAAUAUCAUUGUUAACCUUUUCCACUCUGAUAUUAUUAGUUUCAAUGGUUUCAUCUGCACCCGAAUCGGUUACCAAUUUGGAUCAAUAUGCAACUGAUUCUGAUUCUGGAGUUAAUUCAGUUUCAUCUUUAUCUCCCUCCUCACAACAUAAAUCCAAAAUAACCGUCUACUAUCCCAAUAUGGAAACUCAAGAUAUUUUAGUUGAAGAUUUGGACGAUUUGACUCCAGUUCUUGAUAAAAAAGGUGCUGCUUGGAAUAAGUUACAAGGAGGUUGGGGUAAAAGGUCAGAUAGUUGGAAUAAACUUUCCGGAGGCUGGGGUAAACGAUCUGGUCCAGGAGAUCGAGAUUGGAAUCAAUUAUCUGGAAUGUGGGGUAAAAGAUCAUCAUCUGGUCCAGGUUCAGUUCAAUCUUGGAACAAUUUAUCCGGAAUGUGGGGCAAGAGAGGAUCACAAGGAUUAUCUCUUGAUGGAUUACCAUCAUCUUCAGCAUCUUCUCGGCAAUCAUGGAACAAUUUAUCAGGAAUGUGGGGUAAACGAGGUUGGAAUGAGCUGAAUGGCCCAUGGGGUAAACGGGAUUCACCUCAUUGGAAUAAUCUACGAGGGAUGUGGGGAUAAACUUUGGAAUAAGUGAGGUGGUGUAAACAUAGUAUUUCUCAUUUUCGAAUUUGAGAAAAGGACAAAAAAAAGAAACGAAAUCAUAACCAGAGUGGAAAUAAAAUUUUCUGAAAGGCGACAAUUUUCUUCAAUUUCCUAUUUUAUUCAGUUCUUGUUAACAUCUACAAAAAUAAGAUUUACUACCUUCUUAUGACUGUUUUAUCUUCUCUAUCCUUUCAUCUUGAAAAUGGUUUCAUCUUUGACUCUUUACCUGUUAACCUAUGAGAUUUGUUAUCUUUAUGUUACUUUUAUCAUUAUAAUGAAUACAGAUUGUGAUUAAGUUUAUUCUGAGCUUGAAAACAUCUCAUUUGUAAAAAACACCAAACCAAUCAAAUAACAGAGCUUUAAAGUUCACAACUUUUAGGAAUGAAUAAACACGAUUAAGAAGUUUCUAA